CCCUGGUCACACUCACAUUCACACCUACGGACAAUUUAGACUCACCAAUUAACCUGCAUGUCUUUGGACUGUGGGAGGAAGCUGGAGUACCCAGAGAAAACCAACUCUGAUACGGGGAGAACAUGCUCCCCCACCCCAGGGAGUGACUCACAUCAAAUGGUUGUUACUGCAGAAAGAGCAGGGUCAGGGAGGAGACAGUGGACCAGAGGCCAGCAAGGAUGAUCACGCAGUGUGCUUCACAGAUAGAAGAGGGACAGCGAGAAACCAGGCGGGUAUCAGGACAGGGACCUGACAGCAGCACCAAUUAUCAGCCCAAGGCUUCACAGGAUGGACUCCACUCAGAGAGGACAGCAGGCAGAGAGAGAGCAGAAAGAGGAAGACAGAAGAAGAUGGCAGGAGAGCACCAAGUUUUAAAUGAAAUGCAUACAGACCUCCACAGUCACCAGAUCUCAAGCACCUUUGGGAUGUGGUGGUACGGGAGAUUCACAUCAUGGAUGUUGCAGCUGACAAAUCUGCAGCAACUGUGUGAUGCUAUCGUGUCAAUAUGAACCAAAAUUCCUGAGGAAUGUUUCCAGCACCUUGUUGAAUCGAUGCUACCAAGAAUUAAGGCAGUUCUGAAGGCAAAAGGGGCCCCACUUGGUACUAUUAAUCAGAUCUGAGGAGUUCUCCAGCUGCCUCUCAUGUAUCUCUCAAUCUGCAGCACUAGAUGGCACCUCUCUUCCAUCAGUGGUCUUCAUUGUUCAUUCCUGACUGACAGAAAAGAGACUGCUAACACACGAGGAGUGGAUUUUGUUUCAGAGAGGAGAGGAGAGAGGAGUACAGGAACCUCUGGCCCAACAGAUCCCGACUCAGUCCCUCUCGUGCGGCCCCAACAUGGAGGACACCCCGGACCAAACAGCUGAUCUGUUCUCUGAUCAGAAUCAAAGCUUCGAGCUCAACAUGACGGCCGCUAACACCAGUUCAGUUUUUGUGGAUGUCAUGUCGCCAGAGAUGAACAAAGCCAUCAACAUCCUUAUGAUAAUCUGCAUGUUCGUCAUCAUGGUUUCAAUGGGAUGCACCAUGGAGGUUUCCAAGAUCAAGCAUCACAUAGUGAAACCAAAGGGGGUGGCCAUAGCACUGUUGGCUCAGUACGGAGUCAUGCCUCUGACAGCCUUCUGCCUGGCUAAGGUGUUCCAGCUGGCUGAUAUGUUGGCUGUGGUGGUUCUGAUCUGUGGCUGCUGUCCUGGAGGAAGCCUCUCCAACCUCCUGGCCCUUGCUCUAAAGGGAGACAUGAACCUCAGCCUCGUGAUGACGUCCUGCUCUACGCUGCUGGCCCUGGGCAUGAUGCCUCUGCUGCUCUACCUCUACUGUCAGGGCUUCGACCUGCAGAACGCAGUGCCCUACGUUGACAUCAUCAUAUCGCUGGCUCUGAUCCUCAUACCCUGCGGUGCCGGCAUCCUCAUCAACCACUACAGGCCGCAGUUAGCCAAGACUGUCACAAAGGCAGGCCUCAUUUACCUGGGUAUCUCUAUGGUGGUGAUCGCCACCGUCGCUAGCUUUGCCAUCGGAGACACUCUCCUCACGGUGCUGUCUCCUCCCCUCAUGGCCAUCGCUGCUCUCAUGCCCUUCAUAGGCUACGUCUUCGGAUACGUCAUCUCCUCGCUCUUCAGACUCAGCCAACCGGAGCGGAGGACCGUUGCUAUGGAAACAGGCUGUCAGAACAGCCAGCUGUGCUUCACUAUCCUGAAACUGGCCUUUCCCCCGGAGCUGACUGGCCCUCUGUUCCUGUUCCCUAUGGUGUAUGUGAUAUUCCAGCUGAUGGAGGCGGUGCUGCUCAUCUUGCUGUUCUGGGGUCACCACAGGUUCACACGCAAACAGAAAGAGAAAGUGACAUACCAGCCUGCAACCACUGAAGAGAAGUCAAAAGAGGCCUCUGAGGGCACGGUAUGAUGAUUGAGCUUUAUUGUUUCUAAUAAUGUGAACUCUUGUUGACCGGAGCCUCCAGCUUGAUGGAGACUGAAGGAAACCUGCACUUCUUUUAACACAUGAUGUUUAACUGCAGAGAAGCCAUUUUGUGCCGAAUCAUUUUUAAGAAAGUGAAUAUUUAUGUUUGCACUGAAUUGUAAAUUGACAACUUUGUAUUUUUCAUUUUUAAAAUAAAGGCCACAUAAACACAAGAUGAAUGAUUUAGUUAAAACUGUUUUAUUAAGUCCACCGUCUUCCUACACCAUACAAAUGUCCAUCAUAUUUUUCACUGAAAAUAAAAUCCUUACGUACAAAAAUGUUGCUUUUUUUUUUCGUUUGUUUUUCCAAACUCUUGUCUACACGUUCAUUUAAACCACAGUAACAUCAGUCACAGUACCAACAAGCAUUCGUGGAAUCACAUUAUACACUGAUGUCAAACAAAAGUCUGCAAUGCUGUACACAAAAACCUUAAACCAAAAAAUAAAAACAUUAAUUACAAUGCUAGAGCAAACUGCAUUCUGGGAGCAACACCAUUUUAAAGUGUUGACCUUAUCCUCAAAGAAUCCCGACAAAACAGAAGUGAGUCGACUGCGAAAAAAGAUCCAGGACAUAGUUAAUUUACUGUACAGCUGUUUUCCUGCUGGAACAAUGGUGGUAUUGAGCUUUAGCAAAACACUUUUUAAAGUAAAAAAAAUAUCCAAUCAAACCAAAAACACAUGCAAGCAUCAUCAGGUAUAUAUAUCAAACACACCGGCUGUGGUGGAUACAGUCGGUCAGAAAACAA